GUUUCAAGCGAGCAAAAUGAACCGGAGUUUUAAUAAAUCACAAUCUUUGCGUAGCUUGAACAUGAACGCGGUGGAAGUGAAAAGCAAGUAUGGAGCAGAGUUCCGGAGAUUUUCAGUGGAUCGAAUAAAACCCGGCAAAUUCGAGGAAUUCUACAAACUCAUCAUGACCAUCCACCGGAUCGCAAACAUGGAGGUGAUGAUCGGAUAUGCAGACAUUCAUGGAGAUCUCCUCCCCAUCAACAACGAUGAGAAUUUCAGCAAGGCCGUGUCCACCGCACACCCCCUGCUGCGGAUCUUUAUCCAGAGACAAGAAGAGGUUGACUACAGCAACUUUGGCACCAGCACUCUGACCCGUAAAAAAAAGGCAGUGGUCACUCUUCGCAAUGACCUGAACAGAAAACGGCCCCACAUUCGCAUUGGCAUGCCUCAAGACUUUCGUCCUGUGUCGUCCAUUAUUGACGUGGACAUCCUUCCUGAAUCUCAUCGAAGAGUACGUCUCUACCGGUAUGGCUCGGACAAGCCCCUGGGAUUUUAUAUCCGUGAUGGCACCAGUGUCCGUGUUACACCCCAUGGCUUGGAAAAAGUCCCGGGUAUCUUCAUUUCCCGUAUGGUACCUGGAGGCCUGGCUGAAAGCACAGGCUUGCUGGCAGUCAAUGAUGAAGUUCUGGAGGUCAAUGGCAUCGAGGUGACAGGAAAGACCUUGGACCAGGUGACUGACAUGAUGAUCGCAAACAGCCACAACCUUAUUGUGACCGUGAAACCAGUAAACCAGCGCAACAAUGUGGUUCGCAGCAGUCGCAUAUCAGGUAGCUCGGGUCAGUCAUCGGAUAGCAGCGGUUCAGUAGGGUACCCCGCCAUCACCGUUCCCACAGGUGCCACUGCCAUCUCUCAUGGCUAUAGUCCAGAAGAUCUGGAAAGUGACGAAGAGUCAGACAUCGUAAUCGAGAGCAACAUCAAACGACCAUCACGGCGGUCCAACGCCUCAGUGGCUUCAAAUGCAUCCCGGUCCCAGACACAAACGACCACUGUGACCCCACCUAGCCCUCCUACUCGACCUCAAACGAGACCGCCAUCCACUGUGUCUACAGCCUCUUUUCAUUCUCAACCAAGCUUUAAUGGCACCGUACACAAUAGUUUGAGUUACAAGUUGCAUAAGGACCUAACCCUUCAACACCACCCCUACCACAGCAGCAAUCCUGCUAUGAGGGAGAGCAAUGGCAGCCUACACAAAAUCCUCAGCAGCCUGAGGACUGACCCCCGUCAUAGCCUGGCUUUACCCAGAGGUGGGGUAGAGGAGGAUGGCACAGUCAUCACUUUAUAAUACAUGCAGACAACAUCUAGCCCUCCCAGAGACUCAGUCUUUCAGCCUGGGAAAUCACACUCGACUUUGAACCUCACCAAACUUAAAGGGUUUUGUAAAAUUAAUAAUUUAACAGAACAGUAUCUGGAAUUUUACCUUUUUUUUUUUUUAAGUAUUUGCUUUCCAUGUGUUUCCAUGUAAUGUCUUAUCUGUCAAAAAUGCCUGUCAGUUUAUUUCUAAGCAAAACCACUUUUUUUAUCUUGUCUAUCAGUGUUUCUUAAGUUCAUGUUUUGAGUUUAAUUUUAAUCAUGUUGUCUAAAUAUCUCCUGGGACCAGAAAUUAGGUUUAGACCUGUGUGUGUGUGUACACGUCUUCUGUUUAGGGUUUGGACACCAAUAUGCAAAUGCCAAAAUGAAUUUACACUUAAUCAGCAACACAAACAUUUUGUUUGAGCUGUCUGAUUUGUAUAAUUAUUAACGGAUCUUAAUUUUCUGUAAAGAAUGUCUACUGUAUGUGUUCAGUACUUUUAUUUGUAGUAAAUUACCAUUUGGCCGAUUUUCUUUUCAUUCUUUGUUUCAGAAUAUUUUCAAUAUUACUUGUUCCCGCAUCACAAAACUGCAUGUAUUGGAAUUAUAGAAUCUUUUAGACAACCUUCUCAGUUAAGACAUUUAAAUUAAAACAUUUGCAUAAAACAUUAGUCUACAUUGACAUUGGUGAUGUAGAAUUUGAUUUGACAAGAUUUCUUGUUUAUUUGACUGCAGUUGAAUGACAGGGCUCAUCACAUAUAGGUAUUUCACACUUGUAUGCCUUUUUGAAGACCUUCUGACUUCAGGAGUCCAAUGGAAUGCGAGUUCAUUGGUUCUCUUUGGUAUUCAGUCCAUACACACAUUUUAUGUCACCUCACUGUUAAUGAAUCCUCACCUUUGUUCAAGCCUCUGCAGUCUCAGAAGUUAGAUUUUAACUUUACUAUUAAUUCCGAAGCUGAGAAUACUUAAUCCUGGUAUUAAAUUAGCAGUCUUAUGUGAUCCUGUUUUAAAUUGGGAACAAUAUGUUGUAAAAUGCACCAGUUUAUACUCAGUAAUUUGUACAUUUGUGGUAUAUUUUUUGUAUAUACUUUAAAACCACUGUGGAUGUUCUUUCUUUUUGGCUUUUAGGUUGACUGUAAUGUUGUUUUUCUUGAACAAAGACUUACCUUCAUAUCCACCAUUUUUGUGCCUUACUGCCCCUCCUACAGACAUGGUUCACUCACACAGACGAAGUAUUUGGAUCUGACCACUGGAAAUAUUUUGGUAAAAGCAAGGCAUGGUGUACCACGUGCUUUUGGUGUGUUGAAAUACGUUUGUUGUGAGCCUCCAUCUGCUGGUCACUGCCAGAACUGCGUCUUUUUUGCCAAGAAUAAUGUUCUUCGUUUUGCAUUAAUUUCACCGUAGUCUAUCAGUGUUGAUGUCUUGGUUCAUCUGUAUUUGUAUCUAUUAACAUUGAAUGAACUUCUUACAUUCAAAGCUGAUUACUUAAGAAAUGGGUACGACAGAUUAUGUCUUCAGUCAGUCAUGUUUGGACCGCUUCAGUGUCAUAUUUAUGGUGUGAUGUAACAAAGUUUAGUGUCUAAAUGAGAGUUGAUAGCACAGUAUAUAUGUCAGGCAGUCCAACCACACUUAAAAUGGUAGUUUAAAGCAUUUUUGAUACAAAAAUACAUGUGAAUAUUGUUUAUAUGGUUUUUACAGAUGUCAGUUUUUUUUAAAAAGUAUAAUAAAAUUCUGAGAUGGAUUAAAAGCA